AUGACUGAAAUUUUUCACUAUCCAGAAGAAAAGGUUUUCAAGGCAUUUGUAUGGUCGAAGACAUUUGUUUUCCAUGUGAUCACCGUGGUCUUUCUCUUCCUUGCACCAAUUAUAAUCCUUUGUAACCUGAAAUAUAUUUGGAUAGAUUUCAAAUAUAUUCCUGUCAAUAUGGGUCCAUGUUUCCCUGAAAUAAGUCAGUCAUUUGCUUGGAUUUAUACUGCUGAUGAUCAAAAUCAAAUCAACUCCAAUUUCUGGUCUGGAAUGGAUGUAACUUGGAACACUUUUGGAAAUGAAUUUAUUAGUAUUGAAGACCACUUCCUAUCUGGAUCAAUAAACUACUUCAGCUAUGAAGAUCCUGUUCCAUGGCCAUCAAAAGAUGUCGGGAAACUAGACUAUAAGGCAACUGAGAUUUCGAUCGAUAUAUUUAAUGUUACCAGUCUCAAAAUAAUCGGCAAGCGUCUUUUUAUCCCGAUAACUUGUGGUUUACGACAAAACAAUAAUGAGUUCUCACUGAACGUGACUGGAUUAAUAUGGAGUGAAUUCAUUUCCCAAACGUCAAUGACUGAUUUGUUUAUUCAAAGUGAAUUAACUAUAAAGCAAACACAAUCGAUUAAAUUGCACGGAAUGGAUCCAAUAGAAAAGAAGUACUACAUGAGACCUGUAAUGAAUAUGAAUACUUUACGUUAUAAUUCAAUAAUUUCAAACAUAAACAAUGCAAUGUAUGAUAUGAUAGAUAGAAAUUUGACCAUUCAUCUCGGAAAAACACAAUAUUAUAUGUCAACUAGCGAAACAGACGCCCAACCAUCAGAAUCAUUUCAUAUUACAUUGGUAAUAAAUCUUCCAGAGCAAGAACUAUUAUUUGAAACACCAUUUAUUCAUAGAUUAAAAUGGGCAUAUAUCUUUUACAUUGGUAUAUGGAUUAUAUUUUAUUGGCCAAUUCAAUGGUUACAACGUUGGGUAUUUGAAAAACGUCGAUUGAUGAUUUGUGAUAAUUUCGUUGAAUUUAAAAAACCGUCAGAGAAUGUUUACUUAAGUCAAUUGAAGAAUGAAUGGUGA